GUCUGAACAGCAGUGGACCGCUUCACAGCGCCGAGAGACUUUCAGCCCAAACCGCACCGCACCGCACCUCACCGCACCGAGAGGGUUUCUACAUCCGCCGUGGAAUUUUCAUUGUUCUUGGCAAUCGUCUAAAAGCUGGCCAGAACGUUCUAUGAGACACUAAGGCAUCCAGGAAAUUUUAGAUCUCAGCUGGACAGUAAAUAUGGGAGAUGUGCAGCUGGUGACGAGUUCUCCCAUGUCAAAGACCAGGAUAACUUUGGGGAAGGUCUCUCUGAGUAACGAAGCUCCGACGUUCACACUUCCUCCCCGCAAUGCCCGUGUCCCUCAUGGAGGCACAGCACGACUUGAGGGCAAGGUGCGUGGUUCGCCAGAAACGCAGGUGUGUUGGUUCCGUAAUGGAAAGGCUGUGAUCGCUGGUGGCCGAUACUCAAUGGAACAGAGUGCUCGUGGAACCUUUAGCCUGGUGGUUGAAGGCGUCCAGGAAGACGAUGCAGGACGUUACACCUGUGAGGCUAUAAACGAUGCAGGAACUCGGCAGAUUACAGUAGACAUCAUAGUGGAAGACAAUGCAGUCAAGAAAUACAGCCUUCCCUCAGCCAGUAAACCAGGUGGUCGCAUAGGUCUCCCUGCAGUAGAGAACAGACCCAGCAUCUGGGGUGAAAGUCCUCCAAAGUUUGUAACCAAGCCUUCUCGCCUCUACCUGAAGAUUGAACAGACUGGCAAGUUCUCAGUUAAGAUUACAGGACGUCCCCAACCACAGAUCCAGUGGUUUAAGGGGGAUAAGGAGCUCCAGUGUUCAGAUCAUUACAGCAUGUUUGAGAGGUCAGGGCUGCACUUCCUGGAGAUUAGGGCUGCACAUGCAGAAGAUGCUGGGACAUACACAUGCCUGCUGUCUAACAGUGCAGGCAAGGCCUCUGCUACAAUAGAACUCAUUGUUCAAGGAUCCGACACAGAUGCUGACAUCAGCAAAUCUUCAAGUCAUGAUCUCCCAAAAUCAGUGGCCACUACUGCAGUUCAGCAUAAAAGUAAUGGUGUUACAUGUGAUCCAAAAUCUGCCAACGCAUCCACACGUAGUGUAAACACAGAUACUCACAUAGCAACCAGUAUCACCACAGCCAUUGAAGUCAGUCCAAUAACCAUGCCCCAGGUCGAGAAAAACGCUGUAACAUCAACCCUACUCACCUCUAUCGAAUCAAAAGAUGAGAGGCUCCCAGCUGGUCAACAGAGGUCAUCUACCUCUAUAACCAUUAAGAGUCAACAGGCCAGGAAAAGCAAUUUUGAGUCCAGCACAAAGCUGACAGGGCAGGUUGUGCAGAGGAAAGACUCAGAUAUUACAAGAUGUUCAAGAAGGAACUUGGUUCCUGCAGCGGUGGAGUUUAGCAGAGAGACAAAGAGGAUGACUAGAGAAUCUCGAGAGUCUCCAGUGGAGGCUCUGGGAAGUCCUCCCAGCUUUGAUGUACAGCCGCAAAGCCAGGAGGUCAUGCAAGGAACUAAAGUGAUAUUCAAAUGCCAAGUAACUAGUUGGCCAGUGUCCACUGUGAGCUGGGUUAAAGAUGGUGCAGUGCUCAGGCUCGGAGCAGGUAUCAGCAUUCAGCAGGAGGACAGUCUGUAUCUUCUGUGUGUGGAGAAAGUGCAGAAAACAGACGCAGGACAUUACAGCUGCACCGCCACGAACAGCAAAGGAAAAGCUACCUGCAGCUGGACUCUUACUGUAAAGAGUCUGCGUUUAGAAGGUAAAGCUCCAGUGUUUCUCAGUGCUCUAAAAGGCUGUGCUAUAACAGAGGGACAGAGCAUCAGUCUGCAGUGCUCAGUGGAAGCCAGACCCCAACCCACAAUCUCCUGGCUGCUCAAUGACAAAGCAAUCGUAUAUGGAAACUCUGUAUUUGAUGGUGUUCAGGCCCAGUUCACUGUACAGGAUGCGGUGUGUGCUGAUGAAGGCUUGUACUCCUGUGUAGCUGAGAAUGAGCAUGGGCGUGCGGUGUGCACUGCCCGAGUGCUGGUUAAAGCCAAGUCACACGUUAAAAGAUCAGUUGCUGUGCCAGUCUCAGAGCAGAACAGACUCUCUGCUCCAGUGUUCCUAAAGGAACUGCAUGAUUUAAGGGUCAUGGAUGGCAGCCAGGUUACCAUGACUGUGGAGGUGACUGGACAUCCUGCUCCAGAGGUGCUCUGGCUACAAAAUGGAAAGGAAAUUCAAGAGUCUGAAGACUUCCACUUUGAGAGCAAAGGCAAUCAGUACAGCCUCCUGAUACAGGAAGUGUUUCCAGAAGACACGGGUACAUACACUUGUGAGGCGUGGAAUGAGGCAGGGGAAGCUCGGACUGAAGCAUUGCUCACUGUGCAAGAGCCCCAGGAUGGUGUACAACCAUGGUUCAUCACAAAGCCCAAGUCUACCACAGUGUAUAAGGGUCAGCAUGUUCUGCUUUCCUGUGCUAUCGCAGGAGACCCCUUUCCAGAGUUCCUCUGGAUGAAAGAUGGACAGGUGGUGUCCUCCGGGCAAGACUUUGAGGUGUUGCAGAAGGAGGAUGUAGUUUCGCUGCUUAUCAGGAGAGUGAAAGCUCAUCAUGCUGGAAACUACGAGAUCCUUCUAAAAAACAAAAUUGGAGAAUGCAGUUCAGUGGCCCCUUUGCUAGUUAAAGAGGAGUCUGAGCAGGAAUCUUAUGAAGUGGGGACUGAUAAGAGAUCAGGAGGGUUGGAGAGGACAGAGCGAGACCGAGUAGAACAGAUAGCGGCACUAAGCUCUAAAACACUCCCAGCAGACCCAGAUCCGGUUUGGGACUGUUGGGAUCCAGAGGAGUCAGUUGCUUCCCGUGGUCUUCUAAAAAGGCGAGUGGAGACCAAGGAGCAUAGAGAAGACCAAAUCCGACAGAAGGAGGCCGAGCAGAUUGAUUUCCGAACCGUCCUGGGCCGGAAGGUCACCACCAAGAGUGUCUCGGAGGAGGACCUGAAGGAGAUCACGGCCGAGCAGAUGGACUUCAGGAGCAACCUCCAACGGCAAAUCAAGCCCAAGACCCAGAGUGAGGAGGAGAGGAAGAUCCACUUCCCUCAGCAGGUGGACUUCAGAGCAGUGUUAGGCAAAAAAGGAACUGUGGGACCCAAACCUGCUUCUGCUAAUUCUGCAAAGGAAGAUCUCAACAAAAAUGAGCCAACUGACUUUAGAUCGGUCUUAAACAAGAAGAAACAAGAGAGUGUAGAGAAUAAUACAGAGAGCCCAUUGCCAAAGAGCCCUACAGAGAAGGAGAAUGAUCUGAACUGUGUUCAUGGAGGGAUGAAAGAGAUCAUGAAUGCAGAAGGAGGAAAAGAGCCACAUUUUACACAAAACCUGAAAGAUGUGCGUGUACUGGAUGGGGAACGUUUACAUCUGCAGUGCCAGUUUUCAUCUGAAUCACCUGCUACGGUCACAUGGAGUCUGGAUGGAAAAGUUAUCAAGCCAUCCAAAUUUAUCAUCACCACCAAUGAGGGUGGCCUAUGCUCACUGAUCAUCGAUAAGGCCUUGCCUGAAGAUGAAGGCCAGUACGUGUGCAGAGCUGAAAGCAGUGCAGGAAGAGCUGAGUGCAGCUGCAUGGUGAUGGUUGAUGAUCCCAGUGUCUCAAGCUCAACACCAGCUGACAAGAAAAGCAAGAAGCCCUCUACACCAACCACAGAGAACGAGGCCCGAAUCAAGAAGCCACCACCAAAAAUACCAGUUAAACAAGGUAUGCCUCCUCAGAUCCUGCAGUUUCCUGAUGAUCUGAAGAUUCGAGCAGAAGAGCGGGUUAGUCUUGUCUGUAAGUUCACUGGAGCGCCACCCAUCACCUGCACCUGGCUCAAGUUUCGCAAACCAAUUGAAUGUGGGACUGGAGACAUCAGCAUUGAGAGCACAAACUCCAGCAGUCAGUUGACAAUCGCACACGGUAAGCAGGAGCACUGCGGUUGCUACUCCAUUGAGAUCAGGAACAGCUAUGGCUUGAAGCAAGCUGCACUUAACCUCACCAUAGUAGAUAAACCCGAUCCUCCUGCUCGAAUCCCAGCCGUCACAGACAUCCGCAAAUCCAGUCUGACCCUCUCGUGGUACGGCCCCACAUAUGAUGGCGGAAGUGCUGUUCAGUCUUAUAAGCUGGAAGUCUGGAAUUCCGUGGAUAAGAAUUGGAAAGCCUUGGCAUCCUGUAACAGCACCUCAUACAAUGUUCAGAACCUGCUGGCUGAUAGGAAGUACAAGUUUCGUGUAAGAGCUGGGAAUAUCUACGGUGUUGGGGAGCCUAGCGCAGAGAGCGUUCCCGUCGAAGUAGGGGUGGAGGAAGUGGAAGAAGAUGAGAAUAAAGAUGACGCUGAGCCUUCAGAUGAUGAAUCAGAGAAGCAACUAGACGAAUACACAGACGUCUCUAUUAAAACUGAUGUCAAGGUUAAAGACCUGUAUGAAGUGGGUGACCGGCUUGGAUCGGGCAAAUUUGGGACCGUGUUUAAAUUGGUAGAUAAAACAAGCAAAAAGGUCUGGGCUGGGAAAUUUAUAAAAGCAUACUCUGGAAAAGAGAAGGAGAAUGUCAGACAAGAGAUUAAAAUCAUGAAUGACUUGCGUCACCCAAAACUUGUGCAGUGUGUUGAUGCAUUUGAAGGCAAGUCAGACAUGGUCAUGGUACUGGAAAUGGUCUCUGGAGGAGAGCUGUUUGAGCGAAUCAUUGAUGAGGAUUUUGAACUGUCUGAGAGAGAGGUGAUUAAAUACAUGCUGCAGAUUAUAGAUGGGGUCGGAUAUAUUCACAAGAAAGGCAUUGUUCAUCUCGACCUCAAACCGGAGAACAUCAUGUGUGUCAACAAAACAGGAAGCAAGAUCAAACUCAUCGACUUCGGACUUGCUCGCAGGCUGGAAAAUGCUGGCUCACUAAAGGUCCUGUUUGGAACACCAGAGUUUGUAGCUCCAGAGGUGAUCAACUAUGAAGCCAUCAGCUACACUACAGACAUGUGGAGUAUCGGUGUAAUCUGCUACAUACUUGUGAGUGGAUUAUCUCCGUUCAUGGGGGAUAAUGAAAACGAAACGCUGUCCAACGUUACGUCGGCAACUUGGGAUUUUGAGGACGAGGCGUUCGAUGAAAUUUCAGACGCGGCUAAAGACUUCAUCAGCAAUCUGCUGAAGAAAGACAUGAAGGCUCGUCUUACCUGUGAGCAGUGUUUUCAGCACCCUUGGCUUAAACAGGACACCAAGAACAUGGAAGCCAAGAAGCUUUCUAAGGAAAGGAUGAAGAAGUACAUCUUGAGGAGGAGGUGGCAGAAAACGGGUCAUGCAGUGCGUGCCAUAGGUCGACUCUCCUCCAUGGCCAUGAUGGCUGGUGUCCAUGCCAAGAAGAGCCUCUCAGUUGAAGAGGAGAACCAGAAGUAUGCAGAAGCGAGUGAGCGGAGGAGUCAGAUGAAGCCCUCAUUUAGUUCCGUGAUUAAGGACGUGGAGGUGGUGGAGGGCAGUGCUGCACGUUUUGACUGCAAGAUUGAGGGUUAUCCUGAUCCUGAGGUGGUGUGGUAUAAAGAUGACCAGCCUAUUAAAGAAACACGCCAUUUCCAGAUUGAUUAUGACGAGGAAGGAAACUGCAGUCUUGUCAUAUCUGAGGUUAGCGGGGACGAUGACGCCAAAUAUACCUGCAAGGCAGUUAACAACCUUGGAGAAGCCAUCUGUACAGCUGAGCUCAUUGUAGAAGUCAUGGGAGGAGUGGAGGAGGAGGAGGAGGAGGAAGAAGAAGAGGAAUAAAUGGUAAAAGAUGAGGGGAUGAUCUUUUGGUUUUCACCUUUUAAUUCCUCCAUUCACUGGUUUUGUUUGAACCCACAUGGACUGAAGGCGGUACAUUGAAGGCGGGCUUACAUUUCCCUGUGAUUGCACUUUUAUUUUUUUAAUUUUCUCUUUUUAAAUACCGAAUGCAGUGGCAGGUGUUUAAAGUAUUUAUAAACUUACAUUCCAGACAUUCUUAUGUGAUAAGACCUACACCGUAUUUAAUUGUUCAGUUUUGUUUUGCUUCAUAACCAAACAAUCCCAAACUCACAAGUGUGUUUGUGUGCCAUUUCUCUAUUACAAAGACUGUAUGUAAGAACUAUUUAAUCAUGGACAAGUUAGCUUUAAUGCAUUGUUUCCACUCCUCAUUAUAUUUUAAAACUGCACUUAAUUGUUAAAAAUAACUGAAAACACGUCUUAAAAGUUUUACAUCAGAUAUGUAAGUAUAUUAUAUUUCUUUAUUUUUAUGAUCCUACUUUGACUGAUUGUAGAAUACAAUGAGAACACUACAACUGUAGUAACUCACUGUUACUGAAUAAAUUGUUUUUCUUUUUAAUCACAAAA